AUGGGUGAUCGAACAGAACCGACUGGGGGGUAAGUUCAUCAAAACUUUGUAUGCUGUUUGUGGAAAAUUUUAAGUAAUAAAAUAAAUUUUCUAGAUUGGAAUUGUCGCCAACAGUGCCAUCCGAGGAAAAACCGAAACAAGAUGAAGUAACUCAAAAGUCCGAUGAAUCCAAAACACAACCAGACGUAUCGAAAAGGCAAAAGAAGCCAAAACCAGAAUCUGACGGUUUGAAAACGGCAAAAGAAGGAUCGAAAAGACAAGUGAAGGAAUCUGAAGAAGCAAAAGCACCGGCAGAAUCACCAAAAGAGGAAUCUGAAGGCUCGAAAACACCGGCGACAACAACGAAAAACCAAGAAGUUUUAGAACCGGAACUCGACUUAUUGAAGAAACUACCAGAAGAACCGAAAAAGGAACCUGAAACACCGAGAAAACAACUUGAUAUAGCGAAAAGUCAGUAUCUAAUAUCGGAAAAACAAUCCUCAACAUCCCCAGGUCCUUCUUCAUCGUUCACAUCACCAAUACAGGCCGAAACGUCGCCAGGGGCUUCAUCAUCUUUUACAUCACCUAAGCAGUUCGAAACAUCACCAGGGCCUUCUUUAACAUCAGUGAAACAGCCGGCACCAUCUCCACGACCAACUUCGCCAUCGGUUAAGCCAACAUCACCAGGGCGUUCUUCGACCUCCCCAAAGUCAUCUCCAACGACGCCUGCGUUAACAAAGGCAUCUGCAAUAACGGCAGAGGAGUUCUCGAUGGGAUCUGAGUGUAGUACUGGUCGUACAGAUACCAGAGCCAGCUCUCAGAAUCGCUCUUCUAUUUUAAAUACUGAAUUUAGCUGCAUUGAAGAUCUUCGUGUUGUUCCACCGCUAUUACUACCGCCAACGCCUAGGCAGAAGAAGUCGUCCGGGAGUGUAAGAUAUUUAUUUUUUUUGUAAAGAAAGUUCUUUUCUUUUUGUUUUCCGAUGAAAUUGAAGCUCAUAUUAACAAUUGUAAAGAAUGUUUUUGCCAUUUCAGUUAAAAAAAUCGGGUGAUUUUCCACUGACAGCCUUCUCCAAGAAAGCGUACCGUGUGAAAAGAAGGUCACGUCAGAAAGAGGGUACAGCUGCAACUUCUCAAGAUGAUGUCAAAGCAGGCGAACGUCAAAAAGAGAACAAGGAGAAGCGUCGUACCUUCAGGACUCAAUCUACUUGGAACCCGUUGUUCCAGAGCGAGGUGGAAGACUUUGUAAGUUAUGUUGUAGUAAAGACAAGUUAAGGUUGUAAGCUAUAUUGCAGUAGAGACAUACUGUUAAACAUGAAUGUUAUCAUUGUGUAAGUAAUACAUGAUUUGGUGUCGAUACAGUUUAAGCUGCAGUUUAUUAUGAUUUUGUGGUUUUAGACCGAGUUCGAGUUGGUUGAUGCUAAGAUCAAGCCAUUUAUUAUGAAGAACAAGUCCAAGUGGAUCAAGGAACAACCUAUAACCAUCAUGCAACGAGUAAGUGUUCAUACAUGUUCAGUUUUUAUGUAAAUUAUUUGUGAUUUUAUAGAGUUAUUAGAGUACGAAGAAUUUCUUUUCAGACAAAGCCUCUGGGUAUCGCCAGCGACGAAAUAGGGUCCCAGCGAGAAAGGGCUCCAAGGAAACCACCUGUGAGUAUUUUUAAUUUGCUAUAACUAGUUGCCUUCUGCUUAUAUUAACCUAGCUUUUUGGCAAAAUGUAAUUUGGUUAACGUAUUUUAGAUUAAACCAAUUGGAAGCAACGAGAAGGUUUUGAAGAAAAAGACGGACGCUGCAAAUCAACCGGCUGUAAGUAAAUUGACAAUUUUUUACCUAGUCUUAAUGGAUAAUAUUUGACCUAAAUCAGCGUUCUAUUAAUUUCAUUUAGGCGAAUAACGAUUCAGCAAAUCCAAUCGAGAAGUCUGUGGAUGACGACUCAAAAGAAAUGAUUACUGGUUUCAGGCGAAGAAGGGCAAAGACGCCUUGUCAACGUUCAAGUCGUCGACGUCGCAAGUAAGAUCUAUUUAAAUUUUCUGAAAUUUUAGAAUAUGUGAAAUACUUUAUAUUUUGAGUAAUAUAAGACAAGUUGAAGAAAGUUAUUGAUAUGUAAUAUGUAAAAAGAUAAUAUUUUAAAAAUUUAGGCGUGCUUCCCCGUCACGCACAUCGAAACGACAAAGCAGCAGAAGGCAAAGCAGUAGACGAACAGACAGUAUCGAAAAACUUACCUCACCUAGCUCUCCUAACCAAUGA